GCUCUCACCCGCCCGUGUCAACAGCUUUGGUAUGACGGUCGUUCGGUUCUCUGCGUGUUUAGUCCGUCUGUACCCGGGUUAAACCUCACUACAUCGAGCCACUCUGUGCCAACACCCGAUCUGAGCCGAACCGAACCGGGUCAACCGUCCGAGUCCUCAGUGCAGCAUGAACGAGACGGAGGGGCUCCGGUUCCGAAGGGUGCACCGACCGCAGGUCAUCACCGACGAGCUGCCCGAGCACCGGAACAAGGGAUCUGGCACCUACAGCGGGAAGGUUUUCCAGGUCACUCUGCUCUCUCUGGGCGGAUUCCUGCUUCUUCCUCUCCUGGUCAUCAUCCUCAUCAUAGAGUCACCCAUCCACCCAGAGGUCUUCAGCCUGAAGGAGCCUCCGCUGAUGAAGGGCUGCUGGGAACCAAACCUGAAGCUCCGAGAGGCUGAGAGGCUGUUUGAGGACCAGAUCACUGGACCGGAGUCCAUCGUCAACAUAGGAGAUGUUUUUUACGCCGGAACAGCUGAUGGGAAGAUAGUGAAGCUGAUUGGUCGAAGGAUUCACACGGUGACGAGACUCGGAAAGCUUCCCUGCGGCUCCAGAGAGGAGGAGUCCAGCUGUGGGAGGCCUUUGGGGAUCCGAGUCGGACCCAACGGGACUCUGUUUGUGGCCGACGCCUACCUGGGGCUGUUCCACGUGAACCCCACCACAGGUGAGGCGACCCAGUUGGUGUCGGGGGGUCAGGUGGUCGCCGGCAGGAAGCUGUCGUUCAUCAACGACGUGGCGGUGACUCAAGACGGGAAGAAGAUCUACUUCACGGACUCCAGCAGCAGAUGGCAGCGCAGGGACUACAUGCACCUCAUCAUGGAGGCCACGGCCGACGGACGAGUGCUGGAGUACGACACAGAGAGCCGAGAGCUGACGGUGCUGAUGGAGAACCUUCGCUUCCCAAACGGCAUCCAGCUGCUCCCUGACGAGGAAUCGGUGCUGGUGGCAGAGACCACCAUGGCCCGGAUACGCAGAGUUCAUGUUGCUGGUCUGAACAAAGGCGGCAUGGACACCUUCAUUGACAAUCUGCCCGGUUUCCCCGACAACAUUCGUCCGAGCUCAACCGGGGGUUACUGGGUGGCCAUGUCGUCGGUGCGGCCGAACCCCGGCUUCUCCAUGUUAGACUUCCUGUCCCAGAGGCCCUGGAUCAAGAAAUUCAUCUUCAAGCUCUUCAGCCAGGAGGUGCUGAUGAAGUUUGUCCCUCGGUACAGCCUGGUGGCGGAGCUCCAUGACGGCGGCAUCUGCACUCGGAGCUUCCACGACCCCAACGGCCUGGUGGCGGCCUACGUCAGCGAAGUCCACGAGCACGAAGGGAGCCUGUAUCUGGGCUCCUUCCGUUCGCCCUACAUCGCCAAACUGGACCUGAGCAAGGUCUAGAUGAAACCGACACGCUGGCGGACUCUGGUGACUCUGUGGGACGUCUGUGACAAGCGGUCUGUCACGAUGCUCGGGGGGGUGAAAAGGUUACAGGGGGUCUGUCAUUGAUCGGCAUAUUUAGACGGGUUCUUAACCCGUAAUUAAUUUCCAACAUUCGUGGUCCCCAGAGGGUGAACCCCCAGGCUGCCAACAGCAGAGCCUGGCUGUUAAAAAUCUGCCUUUGUGUUCAUGUUUGUCGAUCUGUUUUGUUUUGGGGACGUUGUGAGUUCACAUUUGAAAAACCUUUGGAGCAUCUGAAAUGGUUUUGUAGCUCAGUGUCUACAUGGAAACCUGCUCUGAUCCCUCAGAGGGGUCGAGAUUUACAUUCUAAUUUCUACAGUUCAUUCAUUCAGACACAGUUCUUGUUUGACUUCUUCUGUUCAUUGAAAAAGUAGUUUUGUAGAUAAAGUUUUGCUUUGAUAUUGGUACUGAAACUCAGAUCUGAGACACAGCACUAAAAUCUUUUCGACCAAGUGAAUACAAAAAAUGCUUUCUUGCUAGCUGAAGCUAAUGAAGCUAUUUGGCUCAUUCAUUCAUUCAUUCAUUCGGUUAGCUAUGGAACCUCAUCCAGGGCAGAGGUUGGAUCAUUUCAAAAACAAAUGUGAACCUGAACGUUAUGGUUUUGAACAUUGAAAAAUGUAUUAAAAAUAAAAAUAAGUGGACGAAAGGUAUUUUUAGGUACAAUAUAAUUUAGACUCAGUUCUAUCAUUUAUUUGAAUAAAACAUAUUUUUUCAAUCUUCACUUCUAUAUUUUUUGAUAUUUGUUGUAUUGUAUUUUUCUGUAGCAGUUAUUUUAGAUGUCUCAGAUUGUUCAAAUAUUAUAUAUCAAACAAUAUAUAUAUAUAUAGGUGAAGAUUGUAAAGAAGUUAUAGAACUCAGUCAAAACUAUAUUAUAUAACCCAAAAGUACUUUUCAUUCACUUAUUUUUUUUUAAUACAAACUUUCAGGUUCACAUUUGUUUUUCAAAUAAUCAAAACUUUUGACCUCAAUUUGGCUUCAUCGUUAGCUUGCUCAUAGUUAGCUUGCUCAUAGUUAGCUUGCUCAUCGUUAGCUUGCUCAUCGUUAGCUUGCUCAUAGUUAGCUUGCUCAUAGUUAGCUUGCUCAUCGUUAGCUUGCUCAUCGUAGCGCUAACAAGCUGCUGCUAAAUCAGUAUAGUUACACUACAUGACUUAAUGGGUUAAUGGGUAAAUACAAUUGGCAGAAAUUAUUCAUGCAACGAAAAUGCCAUUUAAUUAUACGUAAAUACUUUGACAUGAUUCAAUUUAAUUUCUAAUUAUAGAAAUAAACACAAACAGCAGGUCAUUUCUCGCUACCUCCAGACCUAACUUUGACUCAUCUGGGUUAGCAUUGUUAACGCUAUCACUGCUAUGAGCUGCCAUUUCUCACUUGAACCUAUAAAGCUUUGGAAAUGA